AAAUGUCAAUAAAUGCGGUAGAUUCGAAGAAACUGGUUGAAGCACUUCUAGGCGAUCUUCGUCUUUUAUCACAAGAAGCAAAAAAGAAGCAGAAUCAUGUAAAAGAAGCAGCCGAAUCGGGUGUUGUUCGGAUUCGAAAUAUCAGUACAGCGUCUGUCGGUGAUACGGUUCUGAUCACAAAUCUCCGAGCUGCUUGCACCGAACUUUUACAUCCAUUAGUGCUCUCAUGUGAAACUAGACACACGAGGCUUGUGCAAAUCGCUUUGCAAGGAAUUCAGAGACUUGUACAGCAUAGGAUUCUCAGUCAGAACGGCGCCACAAUUGUAACUAAUGAAUUAUGGUCCCUAGUGGAAGCAGAAUGCGAGGAAUUGCGAGUUCUUCAAACAGUCCCUCCACUUGUUUCUUCUGAAUUAAUUGUCACUGGUAACACACUGGCUAAAUGUAUCGUUAUGUGCUUCCGUCUUCAUUUUGCCAAAGAUCCAAUUGUAAUAAAUGCCGCUUCUGCUGCAGUUCGUCAGCUUGUCUCUACGGUUUUCGAGAGAGUUAUUCAAGAAGAUGGGAUUUUUUCCACGGAACUAACUGUUGUAAAUCCAUCUGGAGGGCGACCGAGUCCACGUGCAGCUCCACCAACUUUGAGACCUUGUGCUGCUGAUGCAUACAUGUUGUUCAAGGAUUUAUGCCUUUUGAUCAAUGGAGAAGCUCCAAUUUGGCUAGUUGGAAUACAGGAAACAACGCGGACUCUAGGAUUGGAAUUGCUGGAAUCACUUCUUAAAGGAUUUCCUUCAGUAUUUAUUAGACACACCGAAUUCGGUGAUUUGCUCAAAGACGAUGUGUGUCCAUUAAUAAUUCGGUUGUUCUCUCCAAACGUGAAAGCUAUGCACAUUUCUUCUCAACAUCCAUCAUCUCGAACCAGCAAUGCGUCAUUCAACAAUUACCCACCAACAAUUUCUCAUGAACGGCAAUCUUUUCCAAUUUCAAUGCGUCUCGUUCGGAUUGUCACUCUUAUUGUACAGUUCUAUCAGACAAUUCUUCACACAGAAUGCGAAAUUUUCAUAUCAACACUACUGAAGUUUGUGGAUGGAGAUAGGAAAGGAUGGCAGAGACCUUUAGCCCUAGAAUCUUUGCAUCGAAUUGUUUCGAGUACGGAUCUUGUCAAAUGGAUGACUGAAUCUUUUGAUUGUCGUCCUAAUUCGACGCAUGUUCUCGAACAAGUUGCAAUUGGAUUAUCUACUGUUGUUCAGCAGUGUCUUGUCUGUACGACAUUUUCCAGUGACCAAGAAAAUGAAAUAGAUAGAAGCCAAGAAGAUGGAGGACCUGGAUUCUUGAGCAAAGGAUUAUGGGUUCCAUACGUGGAACAUCUGACAUCAAAGAAAACAAUUUUACUGGACUCUCUUGAUCGUAUGGAUGCAGUUGCCAUUCCAGAAGGUUAUGUACUUUCUCGAUGCUGUGUAGCUCUUUGUGAUAUGACUCAAGCUGUUUAUGCUGCAAUCGAUAAACUGUGUCUUGUCGAUGAGAAUAGUGAAGCUGGAAGUUCAGAAACCAAGCUGGAAAUUGCAAAAGUCGCAUAUGCAAAUUCUCAGCCAAGUAUUCUAGCUGCAAUCGGAAGUCUUCUAGCUGCCAGUACAGAUGAAAUUGUGAGCGAUCAAUUACUAUGUUGUCUCUCGACUCUUAUAUCUGCUGGAUGUCGAGUUGGAGCUGAUGCUGAUCUUCAUAGAAGUGUCUAUGUUCUGGCAAUAAUGAGCUUACCAUCACCAUCAUACCUGAAUCAAUUCGCAGGAAUCGCACCACCAAGUCCAGCCAAUAAACGGGAUGCUCCAGUUUCGGAGCAAGUAUUUGAUUUGGAAGCAUGGCCAUCGACGACCCAAGUUACAGCAUCAGGGCCUCCAUGUCCAUGCCCUGUAGUUUCAACAGAAUUAUGGAAUAAGCAAGUAUUGCUCACUUCGAAAAAUUUGCAAGCUGCUCGAACUUUUAUCGCCUCAAUCACUACACACAUCAAGGAACUCAACAAUCUGUGGUAUCUGUGUAUGGCAACUUGUGAGCAUCUUUCUUGGCUUCUUGCAAUGCGGCCGACACAAGUUGGACAAUUUGAACGAGAAACAAGAGAUGAUCAUUCGAAUGUACCAACUGUGGUGACAAAUGCAGCACUUUCUGACAUAGCAAUGCUAUCAUCAUUAAUGGAUAAAGUAGCACCUGCAAUCGCUGCACUACCAGACAAAUCGUUUCUUUCUGUGAUAGAUGCCCUUAUUCGUCUUUCUGAUGAAAGUCUCGCUGUUGCAGCUACUGGAAGAGAAAGUUCUCUGUUUCCUCUUGCAGUUCUCUAUAAAGUUUGCUCACUUUCAUUGAUGAGACUUCAAGUAUUUUGGCAAAAAGCUGCUAAUCAUUUUAUCAAGGUGUGCAAUCAUACUUCUGUAUCAAUGCGUGAUUGGGCAGCAGUUGCACUGACUUCACUAGCAAAACAUGCUGUAAAAUCGAAAACUUCAAUGGAUGCAAAAAGUCAACAGGAAAUGAUAAUUUCAUCGCUUCUAGCUCUCUGUUCAAUUCCUCAUAUUCAAGUUCGUCGGAGACAACUCGAUUGUGUAAUGUCACUAAUGCAAACUGAUGGUGCUUUCUUACUUUCGACGUCAUGGCCCAAUGUUAUACAAAUUAUCUCAGCCAUCAUUGAUAGUGAUACUGAGUGUGAGCUGUCUCUGGUACGACAAGGAUAUCUUGGUCUUCGUCUCGUGUCAUCUGAUUUUCUACAAUCAAUUCCUUUUGAUUGUAUUUCGGGGCUUGUCGAAGCGAUUUCACGAUAUUCCAAGCAGAACACGGACCAAAACAUUUCCUUGUCUGCGUUAACAUUGCUGUGGACGAUUUCCGACUUCAUUUACCGAAAAAUGGAAUCCGUUGGAAACGAUGCUUCCGAAGCUGUGUGGAUGGUACUGUACACGUGCCUCUCCGAAUCAUGUGUAGACUCUCGCUUUGCUGUACGAAAAUCAGCGUGUCAAACUCUUCUACAAACAGUCACAGCACAUGGACAUGCACUUCGAUCUGCUGCAUGGCAUAGUGUUAUAUGGCAGAUAAUGAUUCCAUUACUUGACAAAGUUCGAUCACAGACAAGAUGUGCAUCUACGGAAAAAUCAAAUGGAGAACUGAUAAUGCAUCAUUCGAGAGAUACAGAACAGAAGCAAUGGACGGAAACAUGCAUUCAUACCAUUUCUGCUAUAUCCAAAAUUUUCAAUUCUCAACGAAAAUCUUUGCUCGCGUUGAAUGACUUUGGUGCUGUUUGGGAAGCAUUUCUAGGAUAUUUGGAUUGGGCUGCGUGCUACGAAAAUGCCGAACUAUCACUAUCAGCAAUUCGAAGUUAUCAGGAAGUUUUACUCGGAAAAAUCUCAUCACAGACGUUGAAUGUAAAUAGUCAUGAAAAAAGCAAUGGAUCUGAUUCUACUAUUGAUGCAAUUACACCCGAGUUACCACAAGCCCAAUGGGUUGAAUCUUGGAAAGUUUGGCUGAGAAUUUCAAGAGGAUUGGCUAGACAAGGAUGUGCUGCAAUGGCAAAUUCAGUGAAUGCUGAUUCGAAAUCAAUUUCUUCAACUCCAAGAAUGAAUUCAUCAUCGUCUUCGUUAGCAUCGCUUGCUCCAGGAAUCUAUGUUCCCGGACCUUCUCAUCUCACAGCGAUUCUUCAUGUGUUCCCUCCAUUAUUCGACAAAGUUGCCAAAAGUAUUACUGUAGACGAUUUAAAAUAUGAAAGUCUGCCAGCAGUACUGGAAAGUAUGAUGAAUGUACCCAUUCCAUCAGAACAAGCACCAUUUGUACUUCCAUCAGCUACUACACAUCUGACACCGACACAGGAAGCUCUUUUGGAAGCUGUUAAAAUUGUAUUUGUUGAAUGUACACUAUCAGGAACAUCUCUGCGAGCCGCUAUUCCGGAUCAAAUACGACUUUUGCUGAAAUUUGCAAGUAUGGCAACACAACGAAUUUCUCCGAAUAAAGUUGCGCCUGGUGGACAGAAGAGCUAUAGAGACUACGCCCUGACUACAAUUGUUCCAUUUUCCGAAUAUUCUCUCCGAAUUGCAAUCGAAUUCUUUACUUCAACAUCACAGAAUCCAGAAGUUGCCAACUCGCUCAUUGCUAUUGAUAUCAUAAAAUUCCUCGGAGAACCACUUUACAUGAAGUACACUUGUAUCUCUGCAAGUACUUGGAAACUUGCUGCAACUUCUCUGAUGUCUGUCUUGAGAACAUCCAUUCCAUAUGCUCGUCAGAAUCCAGAAGUUUUUCGAGGUUUAUGGUCUGCAAUUUGUGAUACUAUGGAAAGAUGGCUUUUUACUCCAAACAAGUCAACGAGACUGGCAGCAGACGAAAGAAAACGUGAUGAACUAAUGGAAUGUCAGGCAAUUGAAAUAAUUCGAAGUGAAAUGCUCGCAUAUGCAUCCCGUUUACCACAAGAAGAUGUUCAACGGCUGAUUGCACUACUUCAUCGUGGCUCCAUUUCACAAAUCGAUUCUACAGAUGUUCUUGCUUCAGACUCGCAUACUCAACGAAAUGAGCUGGCAAAGGCCUGUUUUGAUGCUCUAUUGAUGUCAUCUGAUGGAGCACAUACAAAUACUGAAGAAGACGAAGGAAGAGGAAUUCUUGGAAAUGUUGCUGUGACAAGUCUUUUACAAAGAUGCACACAGGUUAUGUCUGAUUUCUGCAAAGAUUGGUCUGCUGCUGGAGAUCUUCGUUUACCUAGAUCCAGAAUACUAGAAAUCAUAUCUGCACUUCAAGCUGUUGACUCACUAAUUGCACGACUUGCAAGAGAUCCAAAAAUGACUGAACUCUACUCGCACUUAGUUUCACUAUUUCCAUCGGUUGUUGAUGUGAUGCCUUGCUGCCAUGCUGAUCCUCAACUGGAACAUCAACUGAUCAAGACAAUCAAAUCAUAUCAAACACUCUUCCUUCUUCAAAAUAUUCCACAAGCCACCGUGGAAUAGCCACGUCACCCUCCAGUAGCCAUAUUUAUUUUAUUUAUUGGUUCCAGUUUCACUCUGUCUUCAUUUAGCAUAUGGGUUAUUAAAUUAUCGACUAUCGAUCGACACACAGUUGCCUUUAUCCUAUUUUUAUUCAUAUUCUUUUUUUUUGCUUCAAAAUCUUGUAUAGUUUCGAGUACUAGUACCCUCAGAAUAACGAGUUCAUUUUUUUCUGUGAUUCAACGCAAAAACACUUCCCGCUUCUUUUUUUUGAUGAUGAUUUACUUCAAUCGAUAUCCCGGACUAUUAUGUUGUGAGAUAGUGUCUUUUUCAUUCUUUGUAGUAAUAAAACUAUCCAAUUUUAAAUGCAAUGACUUUGAAACUAUUUUU